AAACAGCGUAAUUUCACGUGGUGUAACAACUUAUUUUAAAAUGGUGGUCUCAGUUGAAGAUGCACGUGUUCCUGAUGCUCAGCCCAACUUAGAAGUUCUUGUUGGGACUUACGAGGAAUUUAACCUAGGAUUUAGAUUACAAAGAAAUGCAGAAGGAGGAUUAAGUUUUGCCCCCAGCUUUACCAAUCAUAGCCACUGUGGUAGUAUCCGCUCAGUUGCUACUUGCAAACAAUUCUUAGCUUCAGGAAGUACUGAUGAAUCCAUUCGACUUUUCAAUUUGAAAACUCGUUCUGAAUAUGGCUUUCUCCAACAACACAAUGGUACCAUAACCUGCCUGGAUUUCUUCCAACAAAGUUAUCUGUUCAGUGGGAGUGAUGAUGGAAAUAUCUGUGUCUGGAAUACCAAAACAUGGAACUGUGAAAAAACACUCAAAGCUCAUCCUGGUGGAGUUACUGCGCUCUCAAUUCAUCCAUCUGGAAAGUUGGCAAUCAGUGUCGGGAAAGACAGAGCCAUGAAAACAUGGAAUCUUAUCAAAGGCAGGACAGCAUAUGUCACAAAUAUCAAAGCUGUUGCUGAUUCAGUCAAAUGGAGCCCUGAAGGAACUGUGUGGGCUGUAUGCAUCAACACAAAUGCAAACAUUUAUGAAGUUAAGUCUGCUGGAGUUAAACACACUGUUGAUUUCAAAAGCAGAGUCAACUUUGUAUUGUUUUUUAAUGAAGAUACCUUGCUUAUCGGGGGAGAAGGGCCUAAUAUUGAAUCCCAUUCUGUCACACAACGAAAGCUUGUAUCUCAAUUCAAAGCCCAUGAGAAGAGAGUAAAGGCGGCGGCCGUUACAAAGCUCAACAUUUCCGAAGACCUUCAUUUGGUCACAGCGUCUAACGAUGGAUUUAUCAAACUGUGGCGCAUUCCCGAAAUAACUGGAGAACCAUUUUUAGUGACUCAAGUGGACUCGACUUGUCGCAUCACGUGCCUGUCUGCAUGGACCGAAAAAAACCCGAGCUUGUCUAUGCAGAAAGAUAUUAAGCCGCUUAGCGCUGAAGCCCGCAACAGCUCCUCGAAAUUGUCUAUUGAAUUAUCCAAUCGAAAAAAGGCAUCACCAGAACUGAAGUCAUUACUAAAAAGAAAGAGUGUUGAUGAAAAGACAGUAAUUGUGAAAACAACCUCAGGACCAUUUAUAGCCGAACCGAUGAAAGUCAGAGAUGACAAGCGGCCUCGUUUGACCUUUAAAGAAAAACUUGUAGCUUGAAUUGGGACAACCGUGAAUGUGUUAAUUACAUGAUCAGCUUCAUUG